AUAAUUUUAAAAAUAUAUCUCUUAACUCAUCCACAUUUUAUAAAGUAAGAGAAAAAGAAAAAAAAAAUUUUUCCUCACAUUUUUACAACCAAAAUUCAUUAAACAAAAUUAUUUAAAACCUGUGUUUAAUUACAUAUAUCCGAGGGCAACAGAAUGAUAAAUGAUGGUUUCUGGAACGGUUCUCGUUAACUAAAUAACUAAUUUCACGAGAAAUAUUCGCGGAUUAAUAAAUCUUGGCUUAAAAAAAGAUUAAAAACAUUAAAAAUGAAUAAUCGUUCGUACGAAAUAACAUGGCGUCUGAAGCGGUUGAAAUUUUUCCUCUCUUCUUCUCUAUAUUCCACGCAAAGAUUUUAUCGCGUAAUAUUUUGUUAAUUAAAGCAUACGGCAAAGAAAAAUACAAUUCUCGUCGUUAAAAUUUAAAUCCCAACAUGCGAUUUCAUUCAUUUUGCUCAUAGUUUUUUCACUUUCUUCUCUCUUUCUCUCUCUCUCUCUCUCUCUCUCUCUCUCUCUCUCUCUCUCUCAAUUUCACUUUAUACACACACAAUGCGUUAAUUUGCGACGAAACUCGUUUAAUUUACAAGUUAAAGAAAAUUGUUCCAUUAAUACGAACUAUGAUUAAUUAUACAAUCUAAUUUACAUUAAACAUGGUAAGUCGAUCUUACCUGCUUUAGAAAUGUAAAUUAUCCAUGUAUAUAUAUAUAAGUCAAAGCGCGAAUUCAUCGUGUAUAAUUCAACGCACGAUGUACAAAUCAAAUGAAAUGGCUUUACAGUGUGAUGUAUACGAGUAAUUUAUAGCUAUAGUCGUUAUGACGCGAUUGUGAAGAAAGCAAGUAUAUAGAAACCUGUCGAGCCAAUUCAUAAAACAUAAUGAAGCUUGCAAAAUGCUUUUCAAUUUGGAAAAAAUUUCAAAAAUUUUUCGUGCCGAUUUAAUCGUAUGAAAUAUUCGAUUGUAUCUUCUAUGAAUAAAUAUCGAAAUUCUAUUUCACACUCUCGUAUCAUAAAUCACUUAUAAACUACGUUAACAACUUCAUUAUCAAAAUUCAUUGGAUAAUUUAAUUUUGUGGUAUAUGUAGGAUAUAUUAUGCUUGGUUAUUAUGCUUGCGGACAUAACAUCGAAUCCAAUAAAUUAUUUUUGUAAUAUGUUUUAUGAUACGCGAACAUCGAUAAAACAUCAAUCCUUCUUUAUUUAACCCGUCGUCCAACAAAUACUUUUUCUUUCUUCGCUUUUGUCUUCUCGCCUGACAAAUCGAAAAUAUAUUUCGUUCUGUAUAUACAUUCCCCUGUAUAAUUAAACAUCUUCUAACCAUAACCAUUCCAAUGCUCGUUUCACGAAAAAUACGUGGAAAAUUUGAACGGGAUCGUGAAUGAAGAUUUAAAAUUCUUACAUUUAAAAAAAGGAAUGAAAUCGAGAAAUAAUCGAGAGAAAGAGAGAGAGAGAAGAAAUCUAAAAAUAUAAUUCUUAUCGAUGCUAACAUUAUCCAAUCUUUCUUUUCACUUUGCUUAGUUUACACUGACACUAUCAAUGUAUCGAUUUCCACUUAUCAUGAGAAAAUUCAUCCAAAUAUUGGAACGAGAAAUCUGUAUCAGAUACGAUGGAUCAAACGAUCGUUCGAUAAAAGGUGUAUAAAGGGUAACGAACAACGGCGCAGGUUCCACGAUGAUCUCCUUCCACGAGGAAAAGCCUGCCAAAGUCUGCCGCCCCACCGUAGACACUCCCACCCCCUGGUUCACAAUAUUCAUCGUGAAAACCGGCCGCACUUCGUCGCGAGUUCUCGGAAAGCGCGCACACGAUUCGAAACGAUCCCGAUCGCGACAGAGCCGAAAUUCCAUUUUUCCAGUUUGAAAUCCGCGUUAAAUCGUAUCUUUGUUGAACGAAUUCCGCUCAACAGCAUCUCUUUCUUUCUUUUCUUUUUUCUAAACAGGAAGAGUAAAAUUAAAAAUUAAACCGAAUCGAACGUUAAAUUACUUUUCGUAAACCUUUUGUGUUCGAGGGCGAAAUUAAAGAAGUAAUAAAUAAAACUUUGAACGGAAGAAGCAGCUAAAACAAAAGUCCGAUUAAAUUAAUAAGGAAGAUAAUUGGAAAUUGAUCGCUCCUUUUGAUUUUCGUUCUUUUCAAACCGUCGAACGAUGAAACGUGCAGAAGGGAUAAAACCGAAAUAAAAAAAUACCUGUGCUUAACCCUGUGCACAAGGGGUGGAAUCCGUCGGGUGGGCUUUGUCUCGGCGAUUGUCAACGUCGAAACGUCGAACGCAGGCGAUCGUGUGGACGAUCUUUGAGGCGACGUAUUACCAAUGGACCCAAAUUAUGGUACGCGUUCCGUACCAAUGACGAGCACACGCUCCUCUCCACCGACUUGUUGGCGGCUAUCAACCAUCCCGCUAAGUGAUAACGAUCCGAUCGAGCAAAUAUCCAACAAGUUGAAGCAACGCAGUUCGGACACACGUUUGUUAUCAUGUUGCGCGAUGGAACUAUGCUGAAACAGCUGAGCUCGAUGCAAUUGAAGCUUUGCCUCGAAACGAUCGCAAUAAUUGUCCACAGAGGAAUCCUCCAAACGUUUCCACCUUCCCAAGAUUGAUUCGAGUGAUAAUUGCACGCGUGUAUAUGUGUGUGUGUGUGAGAGUGAAUGUGUGGGUGAGUGAGUGAGUGAAUGCGCGUGUGUCUAUCUUCUCCUCUGUUCGUUCCCGCUAAAUCGUGUUCCGCACAAUUUGUUUCUCGAUUAAGUUCGAGAGUGCAAAUGCCAUGCCAUCCAGUCUCGCAUCGAGCCAGGAUCAUUCCCGCGAAACGAGCUAUUAUUAUUCGAUCAACCGGUUGUUGUGCGGUAGUAAGGGUGGUGCGAGUGGAUUAACCGUGAAAGUGGUGUGUCCCGUGGGAACACAGUGGUGAAACAGGAAUUGUUCUCAACCGAACGGAUCGAAGUCAUCCUCGCGGAGAAUACGCGGGAACAAUGUCGAAUUGAUAUCAUUCGAAUGUUACGAAGAUUGCGAUCAUCGGCGUGGAAAUAUUGGCUUGUGAAAGAAUAUUAUACCCGAGUCGACGAUUCUCUAAAACGGAUAUUUCACGGUUCGAUGGAAUCCUCCAUCAUGAAUACCUUGCAGUACGACGAAAAUGAAGAGUUCAAAAAUACUUGGCCAUCCACGUUCAAUAAUACGUUCUCGCCCUACGAGAACGAGUCGGCCAACGAUACUUUUGAUGGGGAAGUUCCGACAGCUGUACUCGUGCUCCUCAGCAUACUUUACGGAACCAUAUCUUUUUUGGCAGUAGUAGGAAAUUCUCUUGUUAUAUGGAUAAUAUCUACGUCCAGACGCAUGCAGAAUGUAACUAAUUUUUUUAUUGCGAAUCUAGCGUUGGCAGAUAUCGUUAUUGGUUUAUUUGCAAUUCCUUUUCAGUUCCAAGCAGCCCUGUUGCAAAAGUGGAUCCUACCUCAUUUCAUGUGCGCGUUUUGUCCCUUCGUGCAAGUGCUUUCCGUCAAUGUCUCGGUUUUCACAUUGACAGCUAUAGCGAUCGAUCGACAUCGAGCGAUUUUAAGACCUCUCAGCGCGAGACCAAGCAAAUUGACCGCCAAAAUUAUAAUCGCCGGAAUAUGGCUUCUUGCUGGAAGUUUGGCCACACCAAUGGCUAUUGCACGUAGAGUCAUUAUGGAGCCAGAAAAUUCUAUAUCUGGUUCUGAUAAUUACAAACCGUUUUGCAAGCACGUGAAUCUGUCAGAUAAAUCCAUGCUUAUUUAUUCGGGAUUAUUGGUGUUUUUACAAUACUUAACGCCUCUUUCGAUUAUUUCGUGCGUGUAUGCGCGAAUGGCAUUAAAAUUAUGGGGAAACAAAGCCCCCGGAAAUGCCGAAGAUUCUCGAGACGCGAAUUUAAUGAGAAAUAAAAUGAAGGUAAUUAAAAUGUUAAUUAUAGUCGUAACUCUUUUUGCAAUUUGCUGGUUACCGCUUCAAAUGUAUAACGUAUUCCAAUAUUUUUAUUCAGAAAUUAACGAAUACAAAUAUAUCCAUUAUAUAUUCUUUUUUUUCGACUGGUUGGCCAUGUCAAAUAGUUGUUACAAUCCGUUUAUUUAUGGAAUAUAUAACGAAAAAUUUAGAAGGGAGUUUCAACAAAGAUGUCCUUUUAAAUUACGAAGAUGGACAAAUAAACCACCAAUCGAUAUCACAGAUAUGGAAAAAACACAAAGUACUCGAACCUCCAUAAGAUACGAAUGGAAACGUACAAUUUCCGGUACUUGUCCAAAUAUUUCGUCUUUUCAUAAAAGUACAUCAAGAGAAUCGACACAAUCGUUCAUCGAUAACCAAAAAAAUGGACGAAUUAGAAAAGGAAUUGAUUACUAUAUUCAUCGUGGUAAUCAUUGUUCAAAAAGAAACGAAGAAUUGUAUGUUUUUUCAUCUGGAAGACAUAAACACACUCAAGAUCUUAAUACAAAAGAAUUAUGCCUAUAAUAUAUAGAACUAAUUAAAUAAUUGAUUAAUAUAAACACUAUUAGAGAUAAAAAAUCACUCUGUUAAGAGUGAAAAAUUUUAUGCAAAUAAUUUGCAUAUAUUAUAUGCAAAUGAUAAACAAUAGGAUAGUAAUAGGAUAAUAGUUUUCCUAUAAAUUGGUAUGGGAUAAUUUUUCCACAAAUUUUACAGCAUCUUUUGAAUAUUUAAACACCUAAUUAAUUCUUUUCUUUUCAGUUUCUCUAACUAUUGCUCAAGCUUUUCUAUAAAAUUUAUGUAUUUAAUGAUGAUAAGAAUUAUGUAUCUUUAAUUAGAUGCAUAGCAUGUACAUAUGUAUGUAUAUAUAACAUAUAUAUACGUACAAAUUUUGCACAAUAUUUAAUUAUAUUUAAUAAUGGAAUAAAUAACAAUUUCUCUCUCAGAACAAAUUACUAUACUUACGGUAUAGUAGAAAAA